AUGACCGUGGCGGGCGGUGUGGCCAGCCAACGCGGUGACACGCCCGUCUACGUCACUGACUUCGACCCCAGCAGUGUCGUCGGCAGGAUGGGCCAGCUGGCCAAGGGCGACGUCCUCCUCGCGGUCAACGAGGUGGAACUCCUCGGCCUCUCGCACGAACGCGCCGUAGAGGCCCUGAAAUCGACUCGGAAGACCUGCUCUAAGGUAAGCCUGAGUCGGCGGCCUCCCCGCGGUGGCAAUUGCUGCUCGAGGGCCACGACGACUGGGGGGAGGCUUUUGUCGUUAGUUGGCGUUAGUUGGAAUCAGUCAUAAUUACCCUGUCGGCAGUGGUCAGCAUGACGUGACGGAAUGUGUCCUCAAUUUAAGUAGUAUUGCCUGUUUAUAUUUAAGUGCAAUGGUGGCGCGCCCAUGUGCAGGCGCACGCCGUGCCAGCCACUUGCGCUUAAUCCCCGCAUCAGACGGCAGAUCGGCUUGGGCAGUGAAUUAGUGUAGGGAAGAGGGAAAAGAGACAGCCACAGAGGGACCGCAGCCCCACAGUACUUUAUCGCAUUUCCUCGCCUUAAACAACUUGGCGUGCUCUUGAUACGCUAAAAGUCAUGGCUUGGAGAACUGACAACGGACGGGGCGGCUAGAUCGCAGUUGGUAGCCAGCCCCGUAUUACAGGUGGCUGGGGGGGGGGGUUGUUUACUGGGGCCAUUUUGUGGGGCUCCAUAAUCGCAUCUGACCCAUUUGGCUGCCGUUUUACGUUGGGGGUUAGGAUUAGGUUAUCGGUUAAUGGUUUCCCAUUUUCGGGCUAGGGUUAUGCCUUUAGGCUUAGGUUUUCGGGUUGUGGUUAGGGUUUGAGCGUACGAUUUGGUUUGAGUAUUGCGAUUAGGUUUUUCAGUUACGGCUAUGUCUAAGGGCUACAUUUACGUUUACGGUUUCGGUUUGGGUUAGGGUUAGGGUUGCCGUUAGGGUUAACGGUUAGCAUUUAAGGUUGAGGUUAGGGUUAGGGUUAAGUUUAGGAUUAGGGUUAAGGUCACCGUCCGCCUCCCCAUUCCUGGCUACCAACUGCGAUCUAACCGACGGGGCAAUUCGGUCCUUCUCGGGACCUACAGUGCGUGACCUAUCCCAUGAAAGGUUGGCUGAAAUUCUGAAAUGCGUUUUCGAUUAGGAAGGAUUACUUGGUCACGGUUGUGAUACUGAUUAUCUUAGGGCAUACUCUUAUAACAUUUUGGACUCGGCAGGAUGUCGGCUUUAAAAUGCACUUCUUUUCAAUCUCCUGUAGAAAUCAUGCUCGGUAAAAAAUGACUACUUUAGUAGCAUGCAUUUUUCCUAUUGAUUUUCGAUGGUUUCGGAAAUUCAAAUAUAUUCUGUAGAAACCACAAACAAAAAUAUGCGUUCUUUUAGUCAAUCAAUAGAGAAGCACGUCUUAUUCAUAUUUUAUACUUAAGAAAAAUUUGGAGCCUGAUCAUUUGUUGCAUUAGCGCCAAGUGAUUACACUCUACAAGGUGCAUGCGUCCCGCGUAAAGAAAAUCCUAUAUUUUUCUAUGUCAUUAAAGAGAUAUCAUACAGGGUCCAUAAAAUUUUGCAAUGGGUGCCGACCUUGUUGUACAUUUCAUGAGGAGCAGUGGUAAACGUCCAGGUACGGUGCUGUGUGAAUGGACAUAUCGCGGUCUUAAAAAGUCUCAUAAUUAGAAACUUUUUUUUAAACCUAAUUAUACUCCUUCAUUAAGUAUAAAAUAUAAAGAAGACGUGAUUCUCUAUUGAUUGACUAAAAGAACGCAUAUUUUUGUUUGUGGUUUCUAUAAAAUAUAUUUGAAUUUCCGAGACCAUCUAAAAUCAAUCAGAAAAAUGCAUGCUACUUAAGUAGUCAUUUUUACCGAGCACGCUUUCUACGGGAGAUUGAAUAGAAGUGCAUUUUAAAGCCGACAUCCUGCCGAGUCUAAAAUGUUAUAAGAGUAUGCCUUAUGAUAAUCAGUAUCACAACCGCGACCAAGUACUCCUUCCUAAUCGAAAACGCAUUUCAGAAUUUCAGCCAACAUUUCAUGAGCUAGGUCACGCACUGUAGGGAUAGGCUGCAGCGAACCUUUCUUGUUAUGAUCUUUAUGGUUAUUUGUGAUCCGAAACUGACUCUGUUGUGGCCAAGUACAUAUGUGGCGAGGGCCUGCCCGUGUGUGUGGCACGCGUAGACGGGUCACUUAGCUUCGUCAGUCACUGCAACCGCAUCCCCCCCCGCCCUCCGGUCGUAUUAGCAUUAUCUUACCACCGACACCAGGUGGGUGGGGGAGGAGAGAGGGGAGGCAGGUGCUGCGCAAGUCCGUGUUAGCACGCAACUCACUGGUGCUGCGCUCACUUCGUGGCACACAUGGUGGACGCCAUCGCCUGCGAUGGUCAAACUGUCGUCUGUUUUCAUAAACACAAUUGUGUUUAUGAAUUCACAUGCACUUGCGGAUGCAAGUACAUUGGGCGAACGCAAGGGCAUUUGGCAGCCAGGUCUAUUGAGCACCUGCCCAGAUGGCUCCUAAGACAAGAAAAUAAAAUCUUGCGUUCCUCCAUUACGAAACACCUCCUUGAUACUGGUCACUCCUUCGACCCCAAAACUUCCUUCCGAGUACUUGUUCGGACACGAACAACUCGGACAUUGCGUUACCUGGAGGCGGCCUUCAUACGACGAGUGAAACCAGAUCUUUGUAAACAAUUGGAACACGUGGUUAACCUAACAUUGCCAUGGUAGCCUCUAGCUCCAUGAUUCCCCCUCUCAUUUUUUGCUCUUUAACGUUCCCCUUUUUCACUUUCUUCCCCUACGGUGUUUGUGUUACUAACUUUAUCGAUUAGCCAGCUUUGCCCAAAACCCUGACCUUGCUGUUUCUGCAUUGAUUUUCUGCACGAAUUCAAAUCUGUUGUAUUCUUCUCACUCGUUAUCUCUCUUAUGAAGCGACAGGACGCAGCUGAAGAGCCGUCGCGAAAUUUUUGGGUACCAAUAAAUCCUGCCCUUCUUGCCUGCUUCAGGUGGUCAAACUGUCGUCUGUGUGUUUGAGGGAACUGAUAUAUAGUCCAUUUUUAGUUAUCUUUACCUUUCCAUGCUAUUUGAACGGGGUCGUUGUGAGAGGAGAGAGUGAAACUGAUGUCAUGCAGGCCAUUUUCAUUGCUCAAUCAUGCGGAGAGCAGUUUUACCCUAAACCCCGACGGCGGCGGCGGAGUCUGUUUUUUUUGAAACGUCGGAAAAGUGACCAUUCCGUUGUCGAAAUCCCCCGACGUCGAUGCACAUCUUUGCUCCUGUCGGCAUUUCUCUCCCUGUUCCUCCACAUGCGGCAAUCCUAUCGACAAAGAAACCGGUGUCCCAGGUCCUUAUUCUCGGUCGAACAGCUCUUUUUGGAGGAUGCAGCGCCUGUUUACCAUCUUCCUCAUUGGUUAAACUGUGCGUUUUGAGUACUGGUUUUAUCGUUUGAUUGUCCUACCUGCCUGAAACAGUAUCCGCGUUCACUUCACUCAGUAGUCACCUUACGCGGACAUAUGGAACAGUUGGGAAGUCAUCGCGAAACCUCAUAAAGUCUGAACGAAUACUAGAUGGCCAUUUCCGACUUAUUAGCCGUUGUCAGCCAGGCAUACCCAACGCUGGGUCGGAAUGACCUUGGAUUCGAACCCGGAUUCUGUAAUCCGGACGUUCGCUCGGACGCUCUGCCAUUGAACCACAGACUCGGUGUCCUGUCGGCUGAGUUUGGGGAUCUUACCUAUCACGGGAAGGGCGUUCUCCGGUCAGGUAAAUAAACACGCUUGUCCUGUUUUUUCUUGGAACUCAAUCUAGAACCCUCACGGAUAAUCACAUCACGAGUCUUGAUAUUAGAAGCAAGAAGUACCAACGAAGACAAGGGAGGCUGGAAUAAUCAUUUCUGGCCUACUAACGGCCGUCAGCCAGUCGCGUCCGAUCCCGGGUCUGUCUGAACUGGUAGUUUAAUUUCAAAGAGUGCAUCCCUCAUAUAAAGAACUUUUUUCUGUGUCCAGGAGAAUCGCAGCAGCGAAUCCCAUCAGCAUGUCUUGUUUAGCUCAUGGCCGGUGGUUUUCGUUGGCAAGUCUUCAGCCGAGUAGAAAGGUACCUCCUGCGACGAUCAGCAAAAUGUUAGCGGGACUAGCAUCCCGGUAGUGGUUCACCUACUGAAAAUAUUAUCCAGAAAAGAGUUUUCGACGGUCGUCUGCUGUGGAUGUGUUUUUGCCCUGCAACCCAACACUUUCCGUUUUGUUGAAAAAGUAGAGUUUCCGUAACCUAGUCCAGGGGAGGGGGAGAUUCACAGCGCGUUCUGCACCCUGUGGCUACCAUUUUCUGCCCCAAGGCAUUAGUUUUCCGCGAAGUUAGACUCGCCCACAGGGUGAAAACGUUUGUGCGGCUACAUUGGGCGGUUCUGACGAUGUCAGAGAGGUAUUGAGUUUACAAUUGAGGGUUUCAAAAGGCCGGAAGGGGGGGGGGGAGCGGGGUGGGAUGGACGACAAAGGGAAUUGCCGAACAACAGAACCCCCACCCAUUCCUCUCACUGCAGCGGAGGAGGAGGAGGGGUAGAGCAGUGACAAGCACUUAACGGACUGUUUUGUACAGCCCUAACGGAAAUGACACAAAAUCACGCAAAAUGAAAGGAAAUGCAAUCAGGCCUAUCCGGCCCGCGUGGAUGAAAGCCAUGAAAGCCAAGUUUAAAACAGUCAGUGCAUCAAGUGCGUCAAGUCUUCAGUAAGCAAUUUUUGGCGACGUUUGGGCUAACACUGGCCCAUCUAAAGCAUGCUGUGGCUGUGUGUCUCAACCUUGAAAACCAGGACAAAGACGCCAGGACUGGGAUUUCCACCAUACAGACGUGGUCAUGCAGCCGCACUUGACGCAAACAAAUCCCAGCCGCCCGCAAUACGGGACUCGUGGGGUUUUGACAGCUGGGGCCGGGGAACGCACAGGCGACAAGGUCGAGUAAUUUUAUGCAAAAGCUAUUAGGUAUGCCCGGCUGUACUUUAAGGGGUUGAGAAAUAGUUACCCUAACAGUAUUUUGUCCAUCAGGUGCGGCUGCGUAAACAAAAGUUUCUUUUUCGAGCCCUAGUAUCUGCUGAGGGGUGUCCGGUACUUGUGCUAUGUCAUAUUUUAGAACGUUCUUGUGGUCGAAGACCAAUGUAUGGUCAACGACUCUGUGUCCUAGUGGGCGUACGUCACGUGUUCUGAGACAUGUUUAACGGGGACUGACUGUUCGCGUUGUUGUGCGUUGAAAUUGAAUUUGGCCGAGAUUGCUCGGGCUGCCGGUGGGAGCGAAAAGAUGAGCUCUAGAAUGCUGUUAAGAGGGGGGAAUCGAUAGCAGAAACAACCAUCGCACCAAUUGCAACCAUCGGGUUUGAGUACAGGAGCUAUUAGUUAUAGUAGGUAUGUGGUUGCACGAUUAUUUAUGACUGUCGGCGAUGAUGGGUUCAAGCGAGAAUCCAUAAGGCCAAGCGAAUAAAAUUCUCGCUCCAAUGGUCGCAUCUCCUUCUCAGUAGUGGCAACCAAAGUAUCAGCAAAGCCAGUAGCUAUGUGGACUGUAUCAAUAAUGAUAGCAAUAAUAACAAUAAUUACUAUUAGUGAUAGAAGUAGCGAUGGUGAUGGUGGUAGUAGUAGUAGUAGUAGUAGUAGUAGUAGUAGUAGUACCUGCGGUAAUGUUGGCAGUAGUAGUAGCCGUAGCGCCUUUUUAUGUGACGUUUUUAUAGUCAUUUUGUGUCCGCGGGAUUGUGUUGACCUCCUUCGUUUUUCGCCUACUACCUACAGGUGACUCUUCGCCUCCUCGAGGGACCUGAGACGAGCACAGCCAAGGGCAACUUCCUCCCAAGCUGGCUCUACUGGCUGCAGUUACCGCGCUACUGUCAGAUUCCGAAGACCAUUGUGCUCUCCCGUACCAGCGCCAGUGGCAGCUUCGGGUUCAGCAUUGUCGGUGGCAACAACUCCAUGUCCACCGACCCCUCCUCACCAACCAUGACGGGUCUGGCCAAUGCUGUAAGCCUCCUUGUGCCGGCCUUUCCUCGGUCCACUGUCGUCUUAUCCGACCCUCUCCGUCCUAGGGGCCCGGGGAGCGUGCGGCUUUUCGUGAGGGCGUUGUGGAGACGGGGAGGGGGGGGGAUGGUUGGCGGGAAUACAGUGUCGCAACACUUCGGAUUGUCUAUUCCCCCACCAGCCUGUCUUACGGGCGGACCACUAAUACUACUACCACCACUACUACUGCUACUACUACCACUACUACCGCUGUUACUACUAAUACUACUACCACUGGCGGGAAUACAGUGUCGCAACACUGAUACGGCGAAUACUACUAAUAAUCCUACUAUUAGUACUACUACUACUACUACCACCGCCACCACGGCUGCCAAUGCUACUCUACCAACGCUUACAGUAUGGGUAACUAACUGCAAUAAUACUAGCAUCAGUAACGGAGUGUUGCGACACUGGUAUCCAACCGGAUGGUUUUUUGCCUUUCUCUUCAGGCCGCCAGCCCUCCAUUGUCAGCAGACGAAAACCGCCGGGUGGGCUUGGCGAACGGAAACAAGUGACCGCAGCACGCAUUUGUCGUUCCCAUUUUGCGUACGCUGUUCGGGGACAGGUCAAAUUUGUAGUUGUCUACACAGUAUUCAAAUACUGUGCGUUCCGUUGUUUAUAGCGUCCAUCCUAGUUUUGGUCGCUCCUCCCUUGGUGUCCUCCAAGUCACCCUUAUCUCACACACCCCGCUCUUCAUCAGGAGGUCCCUUGAAGGUCCCCUUUUCAGGUUUCACCUCCUGAAGGUAAUUUUGGUGCGUUUAUUGUGCAUACAACUGUAUUCGACAGUAGGAGCGCCCUGAGAGCGCAGCGCUGCCGACUUUGUGAAUACCGUCUGCCUCCGUCGCAAUGACCACAGUCAACUUCUGCAGUUCUGCGGCUGCUAGACCGCGAAAACGUGGAGGGGAGGGGGCUGUUUUAGUUUUACCAGCCAGCCUGGCUGGCAAAGGCGACCGUUUUUUUUUGACUGGGAGAGGGACAACUGGUUUUCGUUUUGGCACACGGUAGCCUCCGCCCCUGGUAGUUGCGCCUUGUGUAUUUUGGAGCACGACGUCAUAUCGAUGUAGUGGUCGUCAGGGGACUCAACCACUUGAUGAAUGUGGUGGGUUUUCGAUGGUUUACUUUCGGUGCACCGCUUCAAGGUCGUCUGAUUUAACCGCAAACGCUUGCAGACAGGCUGACUGUUGCCCAGACUGACUGUAGUACCGCAGACGUGCACACCUCUGCUGCAGUGCACGUAUGGACUAGACUACAAGUACCCUCAUCUCAUUCCUAAUAUCUUCCCCCGGGGUUUUUUUAUGAAGCGUAUCUCUCGUUCCUGCGGCCUCUAUUCCAUCCUGAUAAUCGGAAGUCGUCUUAGACCUCCAGUCUGAGGUCCUUACAUGUGACAAGUGAGACAUAUAAAACAUGUUGGAUAAGCGCGGGACCCCCACUGUUGUGGGCUGUGGCGUACUGAUGAUCGGUGGCGACCGUGAAACAGCUGUCUUCGUCCGGCCUGUUGCACGCCUACCGAGCUGCUUACGUAUCAUACGUACUAUGUGUCCUAUGACACAACGUUCGUUGUCGCCAUUGGUAAGCUGUCGGCGAACAGAAUGGGAUCGUGGGAGAUUCUAACCACAACCACUUGACAAAUCGACUAUUCGGUUGGGCGCUUUCAUCUAUGACUUACUUGUAGCGUCGGGCUUAACGCUCAAUAAAAAUAGCCGCCGACUUCGAAUUUUGGGUCAUUUGGACUGCAGGCGUGGCUCUCGUAGCCUUCCAUGUUUGUGUCAAUGCUGCCGAUAGUGACUUGGUUAUCAGUUCCGCUGGGGACUUCAAACGUGACCGACACUUUGCGACAUUUGUUCGCUUGAAUGUAAACUGUGCACGCAAUUCUCAGUGCCUGGCAGAUUGAGGAAAUUCUCUACUACGAUUUUGUCCUCUGAAGUGAUAACGUUCCGUUUCCUCGGGUGCACUUACCUCAAACAUUUGCGGUCGAAGUCUUUCCUGUUUGCGACAAGUUUGGAGGCUUAACUUUACGAGGUCUCGAUUCGCUGUUGUGGACGUUGUCGUUAACUCUUUGUGGUGUCUUUCACUCUUCGUCCACUCACCGUCUGCAGCUCCAAAGCAAAGCGAACCACUUAAAUGAUCGGGGAUCGCCGCCAUGAUCAUUUUGGUCAUUUUUGACUCCAUACUCCUUGGAGGACUGCACAUCUGAUGAGACGUGGAUUGAAUUGGUUUCUGUUUGCAAAACAGGCGGUGACUAUUUUAUAAUUACGUAUGAUUAGUUUAUUGUGCCGGAUGUGAAACACGUAUGUAGGGCCUCGCAUGCUUUUCUUCGCGACACGACGUCAUAUCGAUGUAGUGGUCGUCAGAAGAUUCAACCACUUGCUGAAUGUGGUGGGUUUUAGACGGUAAAUUAUUUCCUUUUGCUUUGACCAGUACCCUCGGGGAAUCAGUCAUAACGACUGUCGUCUGGAAAUCGCAUCGCCCUUCCUUCACUGUUCGGCCUGACCAAUCAUUGCAAUCUUAGACUCGCCUCUCUUCCUCAACCACGGAGGUCAUACUCAGUUUCCUGGAGUGUUCGCCCUGGGGGGCAGUUCACCUGUGCCGACAACUCCUUCUCCAUCAUUUUCGGCGCUUAGUCCAGCCCAGAUUUUCAAUUGCAUUUACAGGUUUAGCUUGCUUGUUCUGCGAUUAAAGCUGGCGUCUGAUUAGAAAGGCUGAGUCUGCUGCCUCGGCAAGUCGUCCUGUUUUUGUUGAAGAACUUUUUUGAUUGGUUACCUAAUUGUCAAAACCUCGACGGCAGUCAAGUCCGCAACAUAAAUGGCAGGAUUGUCUAAGUGGCGUAACUAUUCCCAUGUUACACUUGAAAAGUCAAGUUGACAAACACGUGUUUUCGGCAAUUCUUCGUCAGGCCAAUACAGUUACAUGAAGGAAUGAAAAUAUAGAUAAUUAACAGUGUUUAUUUGUGUCUCAAGGGCUAUUAGGUCAUUAACACUCAUCUUCUCCACGCCGCCCGAAUGCCGAGUUCGGCGGGUUUUGGUCCUUAUAGCUAGAGGAGAGGGGGGGGGUAAGAGAGUCUUUGAUUGGUGUUCUUGGAUUUAGUACACGGAGUACCCAUAACUGUAAUUAGGGAUUUGAGGCGGCAUGUCGUCAUCACGUGAGGUUGGCGUUGGCCACGGCAGAGAGAGCGCUUGUGUCAGCUUUUUCUGACAGCAUAGCACCGGAUUCGCCAGCCGUAUAGCCACUGCCUCGGCCGUUGCUGGUAUCCAUUGGCGUAGACCUUUAGAGAAGCUUUUUGGUGACCAAUAGACAACCUGAAAUGCUUCCUUGGCGUCGACUCAGUGAUCCGUAUCGAUUAAAUGUGCGAGAAUAGAACUCGAAAUCGAUCUGGUCCAACCUCUGUCCAUGAGCCGUGACUGGUUACCUAAUUGUGAAAACCUCGACGGCUGUCAAGCCCACAACAGAAAUGGCAGUGUUUAGGUACAGCCCGUGCUAUAACCAUCUGAGCUUCGAGACAUCGACUGGAAGCCUUGAGGCUCUCACACUUGGACUAAGUUCCCACGCCCCCCCCCCCCCCCCCCUAACUGCACUGAUUCCGACACAGCAGAUUGACCGUUCAAGCGAAUUUUUCAAACAAUCCAUGCAGCAUUCAACGGAGGACUGCGAGGUUUGCUUUCUUAAAGGUUGUUUUUAACAGGUUUUAAUGCAUUUAACCCAACACUCAAAGAUAAGCCUUCUGUCUAACCAUCUAUUUUUUCUCUCCCUUUCCACACCGUCUCCACCACUAGUCGCAACGUGAGGUUGCGCGUCCCUCGACGACGUCCAGUUCCUCCUGCGUCUCCUCCUCUCCUCAGCCGAUCGUCGUUAAGUCCAUCGUCCCCGGCACCCCGGCACAUCGAGACGGCAGACUCAAGUAUAGCCCCCCCCCCUAUCACCCCCUGCCUCACCCUCUUCUUCCAUCCGCUUAGGGAGAAACUUGUUGGUUAACAGCUCCACCGCAUCCGUCCGCUCCCCCCGAGCCUCUGAUGCCACCGCUGGGAAGCGCAGACGGCUUAUUCUUCAUCAUUUUAGCGGCGUCGUCCAUAGUUGUUUUAUGUUCUUCGACCCCUCGUGGGUGAACAAGAUGUUCAAAAUAUCGGGCCUAUCGAUCAUAGACGUGGCUCCGAAACCCGCCAUUGCCGCCGUCGGCCAUGCGAAUGUGUGUUGUCAAUUGACUCAGUUUUUUGAAGUUCAUUCAAUGUUGACAACGUCAAAGAAAACGCACAUCGAGACCCUGAUGGGACACCUAGAUCAUAUUUUAAAGUAGAGAAGUGCCGCGGGUGUGUUGAGACAAGCCAUUGAGCCCCAUACCGUAGGGUUGGCUUAUCCGAUCUUUCAGGUCCGACUGGGGUUAUUGUUUGUUUCGUGAUAGAUUUUAGCUGACGAAAUGGUCCACUUUUCGAUCAUCAGACAGUUGACGCCAAAGAAUGCGGAGUCUUAUCGCCAAUCCCUGCGCUGCAUCAUUCAUGGUUCACCUCAUUGAGCACCCCGUGCAAACAAUUGUGCCAUACACCUUCUUCCUUUGCGUUCUCACUUUCUGGACAUCGGUCACUCGGAGCAAUAUCGAGGUUGUCGAAGUCACAUGACUUGCCAACUCUCGCCCCGUCAGCAGUGCGCGUGCAACUGAUCCAGCCACCCAUUUUGCAAUUCCGUCAAGGUAACUCACUACCCCAACCGUGAGGGCCAGUCAUGAACUUCCUUGAAGAGCAGCUUUCAACAUGUCCGCGAAUCUUUGUUGAAUUGUAGAGGAGGGCUUUUGGGUAACCGUGUGGUAGACGUUGGAUCAUCAGGAUGCCUCCUGCCGAGUAGCUGGACCGGCUCGAGGCGUUUGUUUGAUCCUGACCUCUACACUGACUGCAAGUCACAAGGACACAUGUGUAAUCCUUGUUCCAUUAACUGCGUCUUCUCAGAGCCGGUCAAAUCUCUCUCUUUAUGCAGUCCAUAAUACUGCUAUUGAACGUAGUGUUGUUUUCUGUAGCCUGUACUUUUAGAUGUUACUAAUUCUAUUUUCAUAUCGUCUGUCGGCACAUGUCUGUGGUCCAUUGGCUGGGUGCGCAGAGUACGUAGACUGUUAUAUGUCCCACAGCGCGGUACGCUCAGGGACGGCGACUUGCGUAUGUGAUAGUAGACUUGCGCUGCAUCUACCGCCCUCUCUCUCCUCCCACCUGGGCUCGGUGUCGAGACAGAGUCAAGAAGACUGGAGGUGGGGUCAUGCGCUGGCGGUUGACGCGCUCAUGAGCCCGCGCCUAGACGUGAUGCCGCACUCCACGCAAGAUGCUCUACAUUGUGGGCAGCAUAUGAAUGUCCAAGCAGUAGCACCGCGCUUUUGUUGACGACCUUACUUUUGGGUUAGCGAAUUUUGGCGUGAUCGCAGGUUCGAACAGUAAAGGGAAAUGUUGUCUGUGUGUUAUGACCCGCUUAACUGGUGGCUGUGAGACGAAUAUUCACCAUCCACAGCAGUAAGGGCGAACCUCAUAUGAGCUUCAUGAGCGGGCUAAGCCGUUCUCCGUCCUGCAGGUCACGAAACGAUCAUGACUGUAGAUUCGGAAGCCUUUAAAGUUACUCGUUGCUGCGAAAAUGCGGGAACAGGCUCGCAUCGUUUAAGAGGUUCCACCGUUGCAGAUGGGAUAAUAUUAUGCAGGCUAUUUUGGCCUUAUUGGUCGUCAUCAGCCAGUCAUACCCAACCCCAAGUGUGGAUAACGCGGGAUCUUUGGUCAUGGAGUUGGACACUCUACCAUUGAGCCACGGGCCCAUUGUGCUGUCGGUUGUGAUGGGGAAUAUCAAUUAAUAUCAAACGAGCACGUUUCGUAACCUGAUCGGUGAGCGCCCAUCUGUGCACUGGACAGGACGCAUUUGUCAGGUUGAUAAUGAUCGCAGUUCACGACAUUACUCUGCAGUAGACGAGCAAGGUUUUCAACGAGUUGCAAGGGUGGCUCGCAGGCCAGUACUUCUGAAGCCCGAACAACCGGUGUUUAUUAGCCUUACACUUGUUUUUGGGCCAAAAGGAACUCGAACGCCUUGUUAACUAUGCGCGUUAAAAGCCGUGAUUGGCCUUAUCUUCUCUCUAACUAUCCGCCUGUUUUUUGGCUGCUCGCGUGCAAUCUGAGUCAAUUUCUUGUGCAUUUUAACGACGAUCUUCCUCUCCGCCUUUGGUUUCCUUCGCAUUUCAUUGAACAACGUCGGAAAAUCGACUUCGCGGUCAACCCCUUGCUGUCCUAAGGUUUUCUUGCUUCUGAUUUUCUAAACGGAAAAUCGACCAGAAAUGCAUAUUAAGACACUUUCCGGAAAGCUUUGGUCACCUGGUGAAAUAACGCAUCUUUUCUGUUCAAAUUUAACUUGAGUUAAAGUUUUUGAGCGCAGAAUUUUACCAUGUUGUUGUUCGAAGCACGCAAUCGUUCCCUCGCCAUAAGUUUCGCUUUGAGUGAAUUUUUUCGUUCUGUUAAACUUUUUCGCGUGUUUGAAUUUCUCGCAGAUGCGGUGAUCUCAUUCUGGCCGUGAACCAGUUCUCACUGGCCGAUGUCUCUCAUGCGUACGCGGUCGCCCUUUUGAAGAACUGCGUUGGGGAUGUUCAAAUUCGUGUAGUCUCAUGGCCAGGAACAAUCGUCUAG